AUAGGUUAUGUAUCUUAAUGGAAUUAGUACGGCUACCAUCUUGCUUCGAUUUUCGAGAAUCGAAUAAUGCCACGCGUCACUGUUUUCACUACAAAUUUCGCAGUAGUGGGGAUGCCAGUGCGACGACAAGUCGAAUCGCGUGUGUAUGUUUGGACACAACUCUUGUAAGGCUUGGAGAAGUGUGUUUUGAAAAGCUGUGACAGGCUCGUAUUGCGCAUAAAGGAAUAAAUACAUGAUGAUUGUUGUGAUGGAUUUGCUCGUACGCCGCUUUGAAGAUAGAAAGAUGCAAGUGCAACGUUCCGGCUGGAAGUCCUUCGAGGUCAUCCUGCAAUAACGGGCGGCUGUGGUGGAAUGAAAGAAAAAGAAUGCAGCACGGUAGAGGAGGCUAGAUGAGCCCCAACUUUCAGAGAGGUGCAUGUGCAUACUAUCCGGCAGUUACACACAAGCCACGAAACCGUACGUGUCUGAGGGAAAACGGAAGCGGAAAACACGUGUGUGGAAGAAUACGCGGUCCAUACCUGGCCCGCCAUUUUGGCGGCAUGGUCCUUUGGGCCACUAUACUAUUCCUACAAGGAGCAGGUUUUGUAGGCUCGGUGACAGGUAUUCCCGGUGUCCCGGAAAAUAUAACGGUGAUGUUCCUGAAUCCGACGUCUGUCCGCGUUUCUUGGAGCACCAGCCAAGUCGAGCAAGUUGAAAAAUACGACGUCACGUACAAGCCAACUGAUGCAAGGAAAUACACUGACAGUUACAGGGUGGUGGCGGUGGUCGCGGGUAACAGCGAAGCAGUCACGUUGAGCGGCCUCAGGGCUGACACGCAGUAUCAGCUGGUCGUCACUGCCGUGAGAGCUGGCAAGAAAUUUCGAAGUCGACCCAUCGUCUUCCGUACACUUGAACCACCACGAAUAUCCCCUCAGCAGGAUGCAGCGGUUACAGGCGGUCCUCUUCCACCCCCUCCACCUUCUUCUCAACAACCACAGCCUUACAUACAAGUCCGUGGCGUAGAAGUGGGCAUCGUGGUGUUGGUGUUGAUCUUCUGGGCAGGCGCGAUAGCGCUGUUCUUCAAUCGUUGGGGGAAGAUCCGCAUGUUGCUGCCGUAUCAGCCCGAUUACAAGGAGCAGCUAAAGGUUCCGGGAACUGGGGUAUGCGCAGCGGCGAACGCCGCGUACACGCAACACCCGACUCAACACACUUGCUCUCAGCAUCUGCACUGGUCGAGCCAUCACGUGGACUCUUUGGAUAGCGGAGGCGGUCUAGGAUGGCCGAAAACCUCGAGGCCGCGGGUGAACAGCGCCAUCGACGUGGCCGGCUUCCUAUCCCAGGAAUUUUUGAGACGGCACGGCUCGACGUCGAAACUGUGCCGAAAGGUUCGCAGUGCAGAUAAUUUACCGCUCGCGUCGACGAAUCGGCAACAAUUGGACCAACGGAGCUCGAAGGAGGACGGGAUCGACGGUGACAAGGAGUCGUUCCUCAGGUCGACUCAGGAGGAGAAGUGCGAGGACACGGAGUCGAAGAGGCAGAGCAGCCUCGAGAGCUGCCCGAAGGACAAUCCGGACGUCUCGUUGCUCGAUCCGAAUCACCAGCAACAGUCUUCGAGGGAUUCUCCGGUGACGUCCUCGUCGUCGUUCAUUGGCCGACGUUUCGGUGGAUGGCGGGCCGGCGGAAGCCACGAAUACGUUCGGUGUCCUGUGCGACAGCCAGCUUCCAUGGACGAGCGGUGUUAUCGGCGAUCCGGCGAUACCGACGCCCGCCUGCCCCCGCGCUAUCAUCAUCAUCAUCGGCGUACCGGUAUCGAACGGCACUCGAAGAGCUGCGACUACACGAGACGCACGCCGGAGUCGAGCAUCGAGGUGCAACACUUCGGCCUGCCUAUACUCAGCGUCAGCGAGCCCAGCCCACCGGACGAGAACGACCGGGUGGACGAUUAUUUGUAGGACUUGCUUGCCGAGGACUUCUUCAAGGAGCUCCUCGUAUGAUCCUGCAAACUCAGGCUCGCAACUGCAACCGGCCCCGUUACUUCGUGUGAUUUGGAAAAAAGGAAAAAAAAAAAAAGAGGAAAAAGAAAUUCGGAUCGUGGUGAUCCCCGACACGCGUAGAAAGGUAAUGACAAACGAACAGACGAAUUUUCUCUUUAAGUCGCACGAGAGAGAUAAUGUUCGCGAAACGUUCUUGAAUUUCUUGAAUUUAUUCAAUUGUAUCGAUGGCGAAUACACCCUCGCCGAUGAACGAAAUUCCGUUUCAUUGACGCUAGAACUGACCGACGACGAGGAUAUAUAUAUAUAUAUAUAUAUAAAUUUGUAAAGCCUCGAUGAGGAGGAGAAAAGUUUACAAAGACGUCAGGCUUCGUUUGUACGUCACGAAGAAUAUCUAAACGUGCAAACGUGUAUUGUAAAUUGACGAAGUUCCCACGAGAGAGGUCGCGAGUCGGUCGUGUCGGCCAUCUUGAUGGUUCUAGUGUUAACGGGGCAAGUUCGCAACGAGAAGUCGAAUUUCACGAUAGAUCGCGCAAAUCGAAACGUACUUCACGAUACGUUCACAGCUCUUAAUUACGAAAUGAAAGAAACGAGCGAUGAACGUUUCGUGCAAAUUGAUGAAACUUCUACGAGAAAUUGCGAACUGGUCGUGUCGGCCAUCUUGGUGGUUCUAAUGUUAACGGGGCAAGUUCAAACCGGAAUCUUCGAGGCGAGAAGUCGAAUUUCACAAGAAGCUCUCUUAAUUGAACUU